CUCUUUGCAAAAACAAGAAAAAAAAUGGCUGGGAGUAGUACUGAUCCUACCCAACAACUCAAUGACUACAUUAGGACCAUGCAUGAUCAGGGCAUAUUGGAUGAUAAUUUUGAUCAACUGCUAGCGCUGCGACGUGAACAAAAUCCUCGGUUUAUUACUGAAUUGAUCUCUAUGUUCACCAACGAUGCUGAAGCUUACAUUGCCGAAAUCACUAACGCUCUGAGCUUAACUGAGGUGGACUUUUCAACCAUCAUAAGCAAACUCCAUCAGCUCAAAGGCAGCACCUCUGGCAUUGGCGGUCACCGGAUGUAUCAGGCUUGUUGCGAGCUACGUGUCGCCGCCGACGACGGAGACAAAGACAGGUGCGAUGAAUUAUUUCUGCGAGUGAAGGAGGAGUUCAAUACUUUGAAGCAAUGCUUCGAUUCCAUAUCCGAGAUGCGGAGAAACAUCAUCAGCAAUGGCACCAGACGUCGUCGUCGUCGACCUCUGUAAACUCCUUUUGUUUAGACAUGGAAAAUGAAUCUUGUCUGUUUUACUUUCGAGACUGCUUUAAAUGCUUUUGGUGUGUGAGACUUUGCUUUUCUAUUUCUUGCUUUAUGUGUUGUUUGCCAUUUGAGCUUUCUCUUUAAACUAUAAAGAGACCUCCAUAAUAAGCUUUGGUUAUUUUGUGUUUUUUUUUUCACCAUUUUCGUUUUUAUUGUUGGUAAAAGUAUUAUAGAGGUCCUUAUAUUAAGAGUUGGAUUGUAUUUUA